CGGCUGACCGGGUCGUCCGAUGGCGCGCCGGCCGCGCCCACCCCGGACCAGCUGCGUCAGCUGGAAGACAUUGUUUGCCAGCCCAGGGAACUGGACAAAGAAGAGGCGUGCACCCUGGUGAAACUAGCUCGAUUUUCGAAUGUGGACAUAACCAAGAAAACGCUGGUCACAAUUGCGAACUGCUGCGCUUUCACCAGUAACCAGGGUCUGUUCCGGCGGGAGGGUCUGAUGCCAGUGCUGUCGGCUCACCUGCUGCAUCCUUGUCCGGAGGUGCAGGUGGCUGCCGCCCAGACGGUCGCCAAUAUGGCCCUCAGCCAGGAAAACCAGGACCAAAUGCAGGAAUGUGUGGAGGUGCUGCUGUCCAUGCUGGAGACGGAGGACGACGACGUACUAGAACCGAUGCUCUCCUGCCUGGUGAACGUUGCCGUGCUGGACCGCUGGCACGAGCUCUUCACGGCACACCUCUCGCAACUGUACAGCUUGGUGGACGAGGCGCCGCCCCGCCUGCAGAUACACGCCCUGCGUCUGCUGGUGAACCUGUCCUGUAACGACAUGACCGUCCCGGCCCUGUUGGCCGCUCAGGGUCCGCGCAAGCUGCUGUACUACCUGGAGCCGAGCACGGAGGAGACGGUGCUGCUGCGGCUGGUGACACUGCUAGCCGGCCUGACCUCGGCCGCCGCCCGGCUCCACAUCAACCCGGCGCUGGACCUGCCGCCGGCGCAGAAGGUCGCCGCCCCCGACACCAUGUACGCCCAGAUCUACGGCGUCGGCGUGCGCCCCCGAAUGGCACACAAGGCGUCGGCGCUGGCCGCACACCACCCGGCCGAGGACGUGCGCCUGCAGGCGGACAGGCUGCGCCAGGCGCUGGACGCCUAGCGCCCGGCGCCGUCCCUUCCUCCCCUCUAGUCUGUGCCGACCGGCGCUCGUCGCUGUGCUGUGCUGUUACCCGUCUGGGUGUGCUGGUGUGUAUGCGUGAGUCUGUUGCCUGUUUCCGUUGGCAGAUGGCAGUACUGGUGCGGGCAGCUGCCCGAGUGUUUGACGUUUCGCGGAAGGCUUUCGGGCUGGAUGACAAAAUUUCGUUGCAUGUGUUGCCCCGCAGACAUGUGCUGUUUGGUGUGCUUGUUACCAUGUUUGAUAUCGCCAUUGCAGGGAUUUUUAUCCUACUCUCUCCAAACACCAACAAUUAUAUGUGAAAGCAUUCCCACAUUAGGCGUAAAAUGAUCAACAUUUGGUAGGCCUCUGCUUUGCUCUUCGGAGAUCUUGCAGCUUACGUCGAGUGGAGUGUCGUCUUCAUUCGUAGUUCACGUCACACCGUCCAAAUUUGUUACUGGUACCGAUCAGAUUACUGGUUGACACUCGGGACGGCGGCAGUCCACUUUAAUUAUCACAUCCGUCACGCUUUCCGUGCCCAAACAGACGCGACUCUCUUACGGAUCUCAAUCACAUCCGUCACGCGCUCCGUGCCCAGACGCGACUCUCUUACGGACCUCAAGAUGUUGCGCGCAGUCCUGCUGCGAGUCGUGAAGCUUUCCGACUGACCCAGUCAUCUGGGAGGUGGUUCGAGAUACGAUGUUUGGAAUGAGACAGGAUGUAGUCCCGAUGGUAAUAACUGGAGGAAGGUGGUCAGUGUGUGAUGAGCUUUGUGUGGAGGUCGGCGUAGUGCUUCAGUUGCUUCCAAGAGCUUGCAAAGGGUGAGUUGUCCAUUUGUGAAAUAUUUGUACAGAUGGAGGCGCAAUUACUUGAUGAUAUGCUGCUGGAAAGUAGCAAUACGAUUGAAAAUUACGCCACUUAGAUAUAAUGUUCUGAUUUCUCCCUGGAGAUUUUUUUUUCCUGAACCCCCGGCCGUCUUUAGGUGGCUGGUCGCUCGUAUGAGCCAUUUUCUUCCGUCGCGCAGUUGACCUGUGGCGUGAAAUUAUGUUGUAUUUCAAACACGGCUGUCAAAAACGUGCUGAUCCUCC